UCUCCGCCUCCAGCUCCCUCACCCUCGUCCGCAGCUUAAGCACCUCCUCCCUCACCGCCCCUAGCUCCCGACUAGCCUUCUCCCCCGUAGCAGAGAGCUCAAUCUUCUCCGCCUCCACGCGCCGUAGGUCCCUCCCCGCAACCCUCGCCGCAUCCUCAGCCCUGACGCGCCCAUUCGUCUCGCUCGUCAACUGGGCCUGCAGCGCCUUAACCUCCGCUUCCCGCUCCUCAGCCUGCUUCUUAAAACUCCCCACAUCGCCCCUGAGCUCCCUCUCCCUUGCCUCCAGCUUGCGCAACUCCCCCGUCCGCGCGGCCAGCUCGUCCUUGGUGGUCUUCAGGGCCGCGUUUUCGCUGCGCAGCGAUUUGAGCUCGGGCUGGGCCUUCUGCAGAACGUCGCGCAGGUCGGUGAGUUCCUUGUACCGCGUCGAUGCGAGUUUCUCCGCGGCGCCGAGGUCGCUUUGGAGGGUUGACAGCUUCGUCUUCAGCUCGUCGUGGUCGCUGGUCAUGGACUUGAGAUUCGCCUCCGCUUGUCCCGCCUUCUCUCGAUGCUCGAUCUGCGAGGAGAUGGAAGAUUCGAGGGCGUCGACUUUUUGCUGGAGGACCUUCUUCUCGGCUUCUAGCUCCUUGAUCUUCUGCUUGGCUUCGACAUGCUCGUGGCCAACUUGCAGGUAGUUCUCCUCCAGCUCAUCGAUCUUCUCGCGCAUGGUCUCGACAUUCUUCUGCUGCUUUUGGAGUUUCUCGAUUUGUACAUCUCGUGAGGCGACUUCGGCCUUUAGCUUCUCAACUUCGGCUUCCAGGUCGUUGGUGGGAGCAUCGGGAGUCGCGCUUUCGGUCGGUUUUUGAGGUGCUUCUGUGGCAGCGGCAGGGGUGUCCUUGCCAGCAUUGGCGCCCUUCUUCUUUUUCUUGUUGUUCUUCUUCUUGGCUCCAGCUGGAGCGGCACUCUCGGCUGCGGCGGGUGUGGUCGUGGGUGCUGCAGCAUUUUCGGGCUCAGCUUUGGCAGGAGCAACUUCGGCAUCCUCACCGUUCUUCUUUAGAGUAGCGACGAUACCCUCGAGGACCUUGAUUUUCUUCUUGUCACCAUCCUGUAGCGUCUGCAGAUCUUUCAAUUCCUUCUUUAGUUGGUCGAUAGUAGCUUGAGACUUCUCUAGCUCGGCGGCUUUGGACGAGGCAGCAUCGGUUCCCUCUUUCUCCUUCUCCGUAAUCUUCGCCUGGAGCUCCGAGAUGGACUUUGUGGAGGCAUCGAGCUUGCCUUGAAGCUCCUUCAGCUCUUCCUGGCGCGCAGAAUUGGAUGCUGACUUUUCUGAAGAUUCACUGACUUGUCGCUCUAAUAACCGCACCGUCGUGGAAAGGCCCUUGUUUUUCUCUUUGAAGGCAUCCAAAUCUUUCUGGAGUACCACCACCUCGGAUUUCAAAGUCUCGACCUCAGUGGUCUUAGCUUGGAGCUCGGAUUGUAAUUGCGGGAUCUCCUCGUCGUAGGAGAAGAAGUCCUCAGACGCACCCUCGGGCUCGGUAGGCUUUUGCUUCGGGGAGAAGAUCUUGAGCACCGAUGAGACUGGCGACUUGACAUCUGCCGGAGCUUUCGAAUCGGUAGGUUUCGCUGCUUGGUCUUCAGGUUGUGGCUCCUCGGAAGGCUUAACCCCCUCGCUCGAUUUCAAAGCCUCAAGCUCGGCCUGUGCAUCAGUAGCUUCCCUCUCUGCCUCCUCAAACUUCUUCUUGUAGAGGUCGCGGUCCGACGUCACCCGCUUCAGCUCAUCCAUGACCAUAUCUCCCCUUAAGCUCAGCUGGUUUAGGUAUUCCACCAACGCCUCCGGCUCGCUGAUUGAAACUAACGGUGUAUUCUCCUUCAGUGUCUUCUCAAACGGCUCGAUUGACACGGCCCGCGCAUGAGCGAUGCGGUAUGAUCGGAGCAACUCUUGGUAUCGUGACUCUAGUUUGUCAAGUUUUCGUAGUUUCUGCAGCACCUCCACCGGUAGCUCAGUCGCUGCUGCUGUCGUGGCUGGUGAAGGCGUAGUCGGCUUGGGCACAGCCUCCGACUUCUCAUUCACCCCCUCGCCAUUGGCCACAGCCGCAGGUGCAGGACUGCUCUUUCCCGUCAUUGUAGUUCCCUUGGUGUCUGUGAUCAGCGGUGUCGCACUGGGUGUAGAUUCCGGCGUGCCCUCGUCGUCGUCAAUCACAAAGGCUGAUUCGAAUUCCGACGGGUCCGGGCCCCUUGCACCGUCACCGACGACCUUAGUCUUUUGCUUCGUCCGCUUCGUAGGGUCGGCCCUUGCAGAGUUCGACCUUGAUACUGUUCCUGAGCCCACAGUAGGUGUUCCUGCUGCUUUUGCCUUUGCUUGCUCCUCCGCUAUUCUCGAAUCAAUGGCGCCUUUAAGCCGCUGCGUGGCAGUUAGUAUCGCAUGGCUGUAUAGCCAGGUGUCCCAGGGCAACGCACUUGGAACAUUCCGACCUCUGUGAAAGCCAGUUCGCCAGUCCAACUCAACAACAGCGCAUUCUUCAGAGCCGCGCAAACAUCAAAGGCGAAUAUUUCAGAUGUGAACAAAACAUCAAUAUGAAGACGCGCGCGUGUUGCCAGAGGCUCCUUUAACAAGUGUAACUGCUUGGCUCCAGGCAACGAGGGGCACUUGGACCAGGGAGCUGCUACGGGUCAGCUUUUAGGCCUAUGAUGCAACCUUGAAAGUACCUAAAGUUACGUACAGCAGAGCAACUUGACAAUGGUCUGUCUUCUAUCGUAUCCACGCCAAAAAAGCAAUUGAACAACAACAAACUUCUGCGCUCUGUCAUGCCGACGAUGAAGCAGAGAAGCUGCUCGAAUCUUGCCGGCUCAUUCUCAUAAUGGUCUCACUAUGGCCUUGGAAGGGCGAAGAUGCCUCCCCAGCCUCGUUCGAGAAGACCUUGUCCGCGUUGUCCGAGAAGAUCACAAAGGCACAAUUGCAGCUGGACACCCUAAACCAGCACUCUCGCAGACGCAUAGCACUAUGGACUCUAUAUACCUCCUUCGCAUACAUCCUCUGCGUCAUAAUCCUCGCCCUCGUCGUCGGAUGGCGCAACUGGGGCGCCGCUGAGUACACCAGCGUCGCAGGCAGCCCUCUCAUCAUGUACCUCGUCCGCGCCGCCAUCUCCUCCUACUACACCUACCGCAUCUCCACCGCCACCCGCCGCCUCGAAGAAUACCAACUCGACCGCACCAAGACAAUCGACAAGCUCAAGACCGCCACAAAAUACAACUCCACCCAACAGCUCCUCGAGAAGUACGGCGGCGCCACCCCAGCCCCAAAGCCGAAGCUAAAACCCUCCACCGGCCCCGGCUCCUUCACACACGCCCAGCAGCACCGGUCCACCCGCAAACCAGCACGCACCAGCAUCCCCCCGCCCGCAACGGCGAAUAUCCAGCGCCCUGCCCCCCAACCCUCGACGCCACAGCAGCUGCCGCCACCGCGGCCACAGGCGGAGAUGUCACCACUCGCGCAGGCACUGCAGAAGCAGGUUCGCCAAUCCGCGCCCUCCACGCCAUUACAACAGCAACACAUCCCCUCGCAACCACGCGCGGAAUUCGCACCCAACGCCUUCAGUUCCCGUCCUGGCUUCGACAAUAGCAGCGGUGGCGGAGGAGGGGAAGGGCAAUGGUACGACCGCAUCCUAGACGUGCUGCUGGGAGAGGACGAGACGCAUCCCAAGAACCGGGUCGUGCUGCUGUGUGCGCACUGUAGACUUGUGAAUGGGCAGGCGCCGCCGGGGGUGAAGAGGGUGGAGGAGGUGGGGGAGUGGAGGUGUUUUAAUUGUGGGGGUGUGAAUGGGAAGGAUGAGGGGAAGAGGAUGGCGGAGGAGAUUAUGCGUGGGGAGGAGGGGGGGAGUGAUAAGGGGGCCGAGAGCGAGAAGGGGGAGGGAGAGGAAGAGGAGCAAAGGAGAAGAGAAAAGGAGGCGUGUGAGGAGGUGGAGGUGGAGGAGCAGAUUAAGGCUGGUUUGAAAGAGGGGGGAGAGAAGUGAUAUAUCGAUCUUUACAAAUUUCUUUUUUUUCCCACAUCACAGCUCGUCUGGCUUCUAUGCACCGCAUCGAUUUGAGUGACAUCUCAGCCGUGAUUCGUCUAAAGGCCAUCCGUUCACCCCUGACGCAUCCUCCAAACUCCUCCUACACUUCCCAUCUUACCGCUUUUAUAAACACACAUCAUCACGUCACCUCCCAAUCACAAACAACCAAACCGGCAUAUUUUACAUCCCAAUUCUCAAGUCUAUCUCAA